AUGGAAGGUAGCACAUCCAAAUACACCAUGAUCUCCAUCGGCACGCACCGUCUCUCCUUCUCCACCAGCGGUCCCCCACGCAGCCCAUCCGAGCCCAUCGUAGUCUUCAUCCCCGGCGCAGGGGACGUCGCUUCAUCGUACUGCGCCGUCGAACGUCUUGUCGCAGCUUUCUCCCCGCUAUUCCUGUACGACCGCUCCGGCCUCGGUCGCAGCGAGGCCGGUCCCCAUCCCCCAUCAGCUACCACCGCAGCAAAGGAACUCCACGCGCUUCUGGACGCCGCCAAAAUUCACCCACCCUUGAUCCUGGUGGGCCAUUCCUACGGCGCAAUCAUAGCCAGGGAGUACCUCCACCUCCAUCCCACGGACGUAGCCAGCAUGGUUCUAGCCGAUGCCUCGACAGAACGAGUCCCAGGACUGUUCCGGGACCCGGAUCUCGACAUCGACGCUGUGCUAGGCGGUCUGAGCUUUGCCAAGGUCACGGGUCUACGGGAUACGGCCCAGCUCUCGCGCGAGGAGUGGAGGGUUCGAGCGAUGGAUAUUGCGCGGGGGAGAACGACGUGGCAGGCUGAAACCAAGGCUAGGGAUGAAGUUUGUGCCACACUCGGAGAGAAGGAGCAGUAUCGAACGCAGGCGCUCGGGGAUCGACCGCUGAGUGUCAUCCGGUGUCAUGGGUCGCUGGACUAUGGACGGGUGUAUGAGAAGGGGGUCGAGGCGGGUAACGGCACGGCGGCGCAGCGCAGGGCACUCCGGGAGUUGUUGCAUGGGUGGGAUGAAUUGGAUCGUGAGAUGCAGGAGGCGCAGCUGCAGCUGUCGAGGACGAGGAUUGUAGCAAAUGCUACUGGCAGGGUCAUUGUCUACAAGUCAGAAGUCGAUGUGUUCACCCAAGCCUGGUUGUAA